AUGGAGCAAAACUUUUCCUCUCCGGAGAAGUCGACUUCCGAAAAGUCGACUUACCAGGCAUCUCUGAUCGAGAGACAGACCCGGACGAGGAGACUUUUUUCCAUGCCACAACUAUUCGCUUUCUCCAUCGUUUAUUUGGGAACAUGGUAUUCGGUUGCUAUGAAUAUGUACUUUGCUCUCGCCAACGGUGGUCCUGCAGCCUGGUUCUGGAGUUAUCUCAUUGUCGCCGCCGGUGUGCUCUGCCAAGCAGCAACGUUCGGCGAGCUGGCAUCGAUCCAGCCCAUCGCCGGCGCACAGUACUACUGGACAUGGAACUUUGCCCCUGCAGGGUCUCGGAGGUUCCUCACCUGGAUCCAGGGCUGGGCCACCUGGACGGGCUACGUGUCGCUCUUGGCGAGCUGCAUCAAUGGCCUCACGGUGAUGCUCGAGGGCAUGAUUGAGCUGAACCACAGCUACACGGCCGAGGGUUGGCACACGGCCGUCAUCAACUUCGCCAUCAUCCUACUAUGCGCCGGCGUCAACGUGUUCGCCUUCUGGCUGGUGCCCUGGUUCGAACUCCUGUCGGGCUUCCUUAACGUUUGCCUGCUCGUCAUCUUUUUGGUCGUGAUGUGGACCUUGUCACCGCGGAACAGCUCGGAUAUCUUCUUCUCCAGCGAGAUUGCCUCAGGAUGGGAGAACCGCUAUGUCUCUGCCAACAUUGGUUCUUUGUCCAAUAUCUUUGUGUUUCUCUGUUUUGAAGGAAUAAUCCACCUCGGCGAAGAGACCCGUAAUGCAAAGACAGUCGUCCCCAAGGCCAUGUUCUGGUCUAUGAUUUUUAAUGUGUCACUGGGUCUCAUCAUGAUCAUCACCUUUGGGAUAUGCAUGCCCUCUCUCGACACCCUCCUCAACUCGUCCAGCCCUCUGGUCACAAUCCUCCUCAACACGACAGGGUCGAACGCGGCUACUACUGCGAUGGUGGCUGGGCUGGCAGUGCUGUCCAUCUCGGGGAACAUGGCGCUUGUGUCUUCUGUGUCUCGACUGACCUGGGCGUGGGCUCGAGACGGAGGUGCGCGCCUCCCGCAGUAUUUUGCCCACGUCGACGCAAGGUACCGGGUCCCCGUACGCGCCAUCGCCAUGGUGUGCAUCCUCGUAGCCCUCCUCUCCCUCCUCAACAUCGGCAGCGGGACGUACAUCGCCUUUAGCGCCAUCACCUCGCUCUCGUCCAUGUCCAUCUACCUGAGCUACACCAUCGUGCUGGCGUGCAUGUUGUACGCGCGCCUGACGGGCAAAGUCGAGUUUGGCCGCUGGCACCUGGGCAGGCGGCUGGGCACUGUCGUCAACGUCGCAGGCCUGGUGUACACGGUGUAUGCCAUCCUCUGGCUACCGUUCCCCAAUUAUCUGCCCGUCACGGCGGCGAAUAUGAACUAUAGCGGGCCUGUGCUGGGGGCGGUGUUGAUCUUUGCGGUUUCGCUCUGGGUUGUGCGGGCGCGGACGCAGUGGGAGGGACCCAAUAGGGCAAUUGUGGACUUUGUUCUCAAGAAUGAGUCUUGA